GAGCGCGAUAGAUGGCGACGCAGGUGCGGGUCUUGCUGCUUCGUCCUGUGCUAGAGCUAUUCUUGCACCACCCCACUCCACCCCACCCCUGACUAUUGCUGCUGCUGAUGCCUGCUUCUCCUACACCUUCUUCUUCUUCUGCUGCUGCUGCUCCUCCUGCUCCUGCUCCACCGCACAACCCCCUCGCUGCCUCUCUGCCCGCCUCCUUCCCACAUACGCAUUUGCUUCCCCCUUCCUCCUCCCUCCUCCUCUCCUGUCUGCUCUCCGCUCUCCGCUCUCUCCCUCCCUCCCUCCUGCUACUACUCCCCUCUCGCUAUUGCUGGUCUGCAUGAGCGUCACACCGAUGCUGAUGAUACGCCCCUUUCCCUCUCCCUUCCCCGUCCUUAUCCUCCCCCUCCCUCCUUCCCUUCCCUCCUCCUCUACCUUCUUCCUCUAGUCCUCCUCCAUUCCUCUCCUGCAGCAGCAUUGCAUUUCUUCGCCUCUGUGCUGCCAUCGCUCUUUGUCAUGACUGCCGCUGCUGCCCCUUUUAGCCGCCGCCCUCUCUUUGCCUUCCCCUAAUCUCUCUUCCUCUCUUCGUCCUUCGGUCUUCGCCAUCCCGCAAAAUUUUAGGGCUGGUUCAAACAUAUCGGGUGAAAGUACGACUUUAGUGCCAAAGUCUCGCCUGUUUUUAGAGAAACAGUAGAUUGAGCGACAAUGAGUGAUUCGUCAAGAUUGUCGGAGAAAGUGAACGGGUUACUCCUGGGACAUUCCAAUGCAGCCGGUGAGAAGUCCUCCAUAAGAUCUGCGGCAACUGCUGCUGCAGCUGCCUACGCAUGGAGAAAGUCCUCAAAAUCGAAGGAUAAAAAUGUAGCCAGAUCCAGUCUAACAGUAGUACCAUCGAGACCGUCUAUAGAGGGUUUCGUGGCUACCACAAAUGGAAAUCCUUCUCCUCCCGUAUUAGGGAGGAGACUUUCGACCCCUGGGGUUGCCUUAACGCAUCAACUUUCUUUUGGGUCAAGAGAUGUUGAAUCGGGUCCUGAUAUGGCAGUAGAUUCUAGAAGCGUGUUGAACGAAGCCAGGGCAAAGCUUGCGACUGUCGAGAAAAAAACAGUAGACCAAUGGAGAAAAGCCGCGGCAGAAGCUAAGGCUCUUUCGAAAGUUGAGAAAGGAGAAGAGAGAAUUUUGCAACUAGAGCACCAGUUGUCAGUAAUGGAAGACGAAUUGAGGGACGCUGCAUUGAUUGAGGUUGCAUUGUAUUCUGUCGUGGCUGAGCAUGGAAGUUCGGCCCAUAAAGUUCACACCCCUGCACGGCGCCUCUCAAGGUUUUACAAGUAUGCGUUCAAGAAUUGGAGUCUUGAGAGAAGAGCGGCUAUUGCCAAGAAUAUAGCCUCCGGACUCGUUCUGGUUAUUCGGGCAUGCGGUAACGAUGUCCCAAGACUGACGUAUUGGUGGUCGAAUGUGGUCGUUCUAAGAGAAAUUAUUAGCCACUCCUGUGAGGAUAGUGAUGUAGGUUCCACCGCCAUCGAUGGAGACGCCGAUUCCUCACUCAGCAAUGACUUUCAAGCUCGAGCCUUCCGGUCACAACAAUUACGGAAGUCAAAGAGUGAUGUUAGUUACCUUUUAAGCCCCCAAGGAGCUAAUAAAGAUUGGCGAACUUCUGCGAUGCUUAUGACAACCCUUUUCAGAAUAGAGACUUGGCUACAUGCCCGAGUUCUGGAAUCUGUGUGGUGGCAGGCGAUUACUCCACGGAUGCAACUUGGGGGAAUGCAUAAAACAAGUAUGAAGGGCAGUUGUGCUGAUUUGAAUGGUGACUUGAGCAAGUUUGCCGGUGAUGCAAGAGAUUUUGCAAAUAAAGCGAAUUACAAUAGUCGCAAGUUAGGUGAUACCCGUCAAGGAAAUAUAUCAGUGGAAAUUUGGAAAAGGGCGUUCACGGAUGCCCUUAAGAGGCUCUGCCCUCUUCAAGGAGAGGAGUUAGAAUGUGGCUGCUUGCCGGCAUUAAACAGAAUGGUUAUCGAAAAAUGUGUAGCUCGGCUCGAUGUAGCCAUGUUCAAUGGAAUCCUGCGUGACCCCGAAGACGAUGCCCCAACGGAUCCUUUGGCUGAUCCAAUUACUGAUCUUUCGGUUCUUCCAAUUCCAAUUGGGAACCUCACCUUUGGAGCUGGAUCUCAUUUGAAAAAUGUGGUGGUGAACUGGUCAACGUGGUUGUCUGCUUUAGUGAGCUGUAAAGACCGCGUACCAGCUGAGUUCAAAUCAUCUCUGCCGGAAGAUGCUGAAGAAGAGGAGCCUGUUCAGUUCAAUCUUCUCAAAGCUACGGGAGAUCUGCUUAUGCUUCCCAAGGAUAUCCUUCUCGAUCCUGAGAUCAGGAAAGAGGUUUGUCCAGGGCUCAACUUACCACUCAUACGGCGAGUGUUGGCCAACUUCGUUCCGGACGAUUUCUCUCCUGAUCCGAUUUCACCAGGCCUUCUGAACGCUCUGGCUACCGAGGUGGCAAACGAGAGAAGGAAAUUUGGGGAGGAUGAUAUUAGUCCAGAUGACAUCGCCAUGGCUUGUGUACCUCCAGUGGUUUACUCGCCACCACCUACGAGCUUUGUGAAGCUAUGGAUCGGAGAGCCUGCAAACUCCAAGGAGUGGGGAAGAAGUGCGUCCUCAGCCUUGCGGAAGGGUUAUACAAGUGAUGAUGAGUUGGAUGAAUUCGAUAAUCCCCUGUCUCUCUUGCAAGAUAAGCCUAGGUAUGUAAGUGAGAAUGGCAGUGGGAAAAAGAAGAAAAGAGACGAUUUGGGAGCAUCCCGGUUUCACCUACUGAAAGAGGUGUGGGCAAAUCCAUGAUCAGAUUGCGCCUCAGAUGGGUUUAAAUCUUAGAUAUCAACGACUUAUCUGAGAUGCAGUCUUUAAAGUGUACAGUUUAUAGCGUGUAUGUUUUGGAAGAGAACCGUUCUUAUAAUUUCUUUCUGUUCGGGAUUUUGUGUUCUGGUAUAGUCCUCUACUAUAAUGAUUCCUUCAGGACUACAGUACCAUUGGUGUAUGCUAUCUUGCACCCUGUUAUAAAUACUGAGUUUCAAGCUAUUGUUAGGCUAUUCCAAAGUACAGAAGAUUUCGAAUGAUGAUCUUUUAGUAGUAGAAUUAGUAGAUCUAUAAUAGAUAAUCCAAUUGGGUUGCAUACUUGCCAACCUAAAGAUUAACCAACUCAGAUUUAUUGUAUGUUUCUUCCAGACUCAUGGAUAAUCGACAACUAUAUUGGCUUGUA